GCAAGCCGCCGCCAUAUUGCAAGAGAGAAAAGAGAAAGAGACCAAGGAGUAGACUAGAUAGGCCAAAAAGUUGGCCCUACAGGAGGAGCAGGCGGCGAAGAGGAAGAAGUUGGAGGAAGAGAUGGAGAGAUUGUUGAAGGAGGAGGAAAAAAAGAUGAAAGUUGUAGAAGAGGAAAAGGUAGAAGAGGAGGAAAAGGAAGAGUCCUUGCUCCGAAGAAGCGCAGAGCAGAGAGGGGAGUCCAGUGGCACAAAGAAGGGGGACUCAUGGAUGGAGAAAAAGAUCUCUGAGUGCGUAGCAAAUUUGUCUAUGGGAGAAGAGGAAGAAGCCAUGUUGUAUGUUCCCCCGGAGGAGAAGGAAGCAGUUAUCAGGGAGUGGGAGGCAGAAAAGGACCCCUUGAGACGUCAGGCUAUAGAGGAGGAGGAGAAGUUACAGUGGAAGCUGCGUCUCACUACGGAGAAGAAGAGGAGGAUGGAUGAGGCAAGCAAAAUGGCGAGGGAGAUGGAGGCGAUAAAGGCGCAAAGGGAGGAGAUUCAGGCGCAAGAAGAUAUACAGGGAAAAUUAGAUGUUAUUUUAAGACAUAUAGAACUCCUAGCUAGAGCCUGGGAAGAGCAACAUCAGUUUGCUAGAGCCCAGGAUAUUGCGUUACACUCCAUUCGCCCGGGAUUCAGGAAUUUUGCACGUGAGAUGCUGCUGCACGUAGGUGCAGAGAUGCAGGCGAGGAUAGAGGGCACGGAGAAAUUCUGCACAAGUGCCAUUGAGGGCACAAAGAUGGCCACUCUAAAGGAGGAGGUACGUCCCCAUAGAGAGCCUGUUAAGAUCAAGUUUCCCGAACCCUACAGUGGGAAGAAGGAAGAAAAUUUCGAUAAUUGGGAGGCGAGUAUCAACUUGUACAUCUAUUUACAGCAUAUCGUGCCUGCGGAACAAGUCCUCAUUAUUGCCUUCCAGGCUCUCAAAGACGAAGCGGCUAGCUUCGCCAGAUCCCUCGCUUGCGCUGCACAAUGCGAAAUGGUAGCGUAUUCUAAAAUCACUCCUUUCCCUAAAUUCCUUAAACUGCUAAAGGAGAGAUUUGCAGAUGUCACGCGAGGCGUCAGGGUCUUUGACAAACUGCAAACUAUCCACUCACACCAAUGGAGGACUGCAAGGGCACUCAAAGGCGUUAUGGAUGAGCUAGUGGUCGUCCCAGACCACAGGGUCAUUGAGGCCCUGUUGGUCAACCUCUUCUAUCAUGCCAUGCCAGAGCCCCUACGAGUACACUUCUUCGAAAAGAGUCGACGGCCCACCAUGACAUAUGAUAUACUGAGUAGAGAGGCGGUGUUAUUGAGUGGGGCUUGGAGGAGGAGGACAGUAGUGGGGGUGAGGGGAGGACCUACGCUGUUGUCGCGGCUGGAGGGAGGCCGCAAGGAAGAGGAGGAGGCCAGGGCCAAGGGGGUCGGGCCUCAGGCGGCUACUCCUGAUCUGGAGAUGACUGCGCAGUCUUGCUUGGAUGUGAUUAAAGGCACGGUUCCCUCUAUUGUAACACAUCGCCUCGGGCUCGGACUCAUAACGUAUACGGAUUGGCUUCCCCUCAUGCGGGAUUUAGUUAGGUUGGAGGCACAAGACCUCCCAGGUGGAUCGGGUGGCAAAAAGACCACCAACCGCAAACGGUUUCUAAGCAGCAACCGUUUUGCAGCGCACGAUCUACUAGAGGUUGACGAGGAGACCUUCGCAGAGGACCCUUCUCUUGGUGACAAUCAAGAGCAAGACUGCGAGGCAUCUUGCUCUUCAUCAGCCCAUGAGUCUGAUUAUGUGGAUGAUGGUGAAUCAAUGAAUGUCUUCAAGAAGAUUGCCUUCAAAAGGGUUUUCUGUCCGAAGGUUCUUCUGAAUUCCAAGUCUUUCAAGAAUUUGGAAGAGUCCCUGGCCUGGAGCUUGCUUUUAUCCGUCAUUGUGAAACCCAGUUUACCAAGAAUGACAGGUUGGAGCUUGUCACGCCGGGAUCUUUGCAGCAUCUUGGUGACAACACUCUGGCAUUCAUCAAGUCAAUGAGCUCCUCGUCUGAACUCUCCUUGCAACGGAACGCUUCUAUAACAGACUCCAACACGGGAGCCUUUCAUUC